CUUGUCCCGGAUAUUUACCUAACUCUACCUCUACCUGGCUCUUCCGACGCACCCCGUCCCGAGCGUUUCACAGCGGGCUAGUCUGGGGAAUAUGAUCCGUCUCUGAAGCGGGACGACUGAGAAACAGUGUCACACAGGCCGGCUUGGAUCCAUUAAUCGUUCACCUGGAAACCGACUCAAGACAAAUGUGUUAUGCCGUAUUUGGUGACCCAUCAGAUUGUGUGACCUGCAGUUUUGGAGGAAGUGCUCAGAUCCUUUACUGAAGUAAAAGUCCGCUCUCGGUGACGAGCUACGAGCAGGGUGUUUGUCUUGAGAGGGAGGCAGAGUUACCGUGGUAACAGACAUGCCAAAACCGGACCUGCUCUGCCUAGUUCAGCUGCUGGACGGCACUAUCGAGACCUUCAGAGUCAACAAGCAGGAUGAAGGCGUGGGCCUGUUGGACCUAGUAUGCGACCACCUGGGCCUGCAAGAGAGGCAGCUCUUCAGUCUGCAGAUCAGAGAAUCCAGCACAGCCAUCGCCUCAAUCACAGCCAACACACACUCUCCCCGAUGGUUGGAGCCGGAGAAACCCUUGAAGAAGCAGAUAAAAGGUCUUGCAUCUCCCUUUUAUCUGAACUUCAGAGUGCGGUUCUUUAUGACUGAUCCUAACUCUCUCCAGCAUGAACAAACAAGGCACCUGUACUUCCUCCAGAUCAGGAGUGACAUUAAAGAAGGACGGUUGCAGUGCCCGCUGAGUGCAGCUGUAGUGCUGGCCUCUUAUGCUGUGCAGUCUGAGCUGGGAGAUCACUGUCCGUCCCGACUCCCUGGUUACCUGUCAAAGUGCCACUUCAUCCCUGAGCAGGAUGAUGACUUCUUAUCUAAAGUGGAGGACCUGCAUCCACAGCACAAGGGUCUGAAGCAGAGCGAGGCAGAGCUGUGUUUCCUCAACACAGCACGGACGCUGGAGUUGUAUGGAGUGGAGCUGCACGCUGCCAUGGACACCAACAAUGCCCCUCUGAUGGUGGGUUUGGCAUCAAGUGGUGUUGCAAUAUUCUGUAAUAUGAUUUGUUCCAGUUUCUUCCCCUGGGGGAACAUCAUCAAGAUUUCAUUUAAGAGGAAACGCUUUCUUAUACAUCUGAAACGCAAACAUGGGGAGACCCAGGACUGUGUGGUGUCUCUUGCUCUUCCCUGCCCCAAGACCUGCAAGAACCUGUGGAGGUCCUGUGUGGAUCAUCACUCCUUUUUCAGCUUCAACCGUACUGCCAGGAGCCCCAAACACAACAACAGCACCGUCCAGUCCUACAGAAAGCUGAUAACACAACACCUUGGCCUGGGAAACAGUAAAACUGAAAGUGGUCCGGUGUGCCAGCGUGUGGUGGGAGGGAUGGUGUGGAACCCAGUCCUGCGGAGAUCACUUUCAUCAGAGCAUCUUGAGACUAAGAGUCUGCCCUCCAGAUCCCCCCCAACCACCCCCAACUGGCGAAGUCCGCGAGUUCGCCACGGUAUCCGCAAACCUCGCCCGUCCUCCAUGGAACUGACCAAUGAUCUGAAAGACAUGUCGGAGGGAGAGGACGUCUUCUACACAUACAGGGCCUCCGUCAGCAGCAGCAAGGACAGCGAGGGAGACACUUCACCACAUCACCUCUCUGGCACUUACAGCCAAGGACCAGAUGAAGUUUUGUUACAAGCUGAUGACAGUAUAGGAGAGGAUGAUGUUGACAACAACUCACUCUACAACAAGGGUGCUCCCGGCGACGGUGACCUGUUACUAAUACGCAUUGCCCCUGAUCAUGAGGGCAAGUUUGGCUUCAAUGUUAAAGGCGGGGUGGACCAGAAGAUGCCUCUAGCUAUAUCCCAUGUUAAACCCGACUCUCCAGCAGGUCGAUGUGAACCGAAACUCCUGGAGGGAGACCUGGUGGUGCUCAUCAAUGGUCGAGACAUUUCUGAACACACACAUGACCAGGUUGUCAUGUUCAUUCGGGCCAGCAGAGAGUCACACUCCAGAGAGUUGGCGCUGCUUAUCAAACGUAAAGGUCCUGGCCGGGUGGCACCCCUGCUGCAGUUACCUCCCGCCCUCACACUCACCAGCCAAUCACAGGGAGACAAGCCGCAGUCACCCGGCCAUUCAGAGCGGGUCACGACACUGGAGGAAUCAAUGAGACAGCUGGAGAGAGGAAUACAAUCUGGCACACUAUGUUUCCACUUUGAGAAUUUAUACAGGAGGAAGCCCGGCCUCACGUACAGCUGCGCUCGGCUCCCUGAGAACAUGGACAUGAAUCGAUAUAAAGAUGUUUUACCUUAUGAUGCUACCAGAGUGGUGCUCCAGGGCCAGGAGGACUACAUCAAUGCCAGCCACAUCACGGUGGCGCCCCCAGUGUCUGGUGUGUGUUUACGUUAUAUUGCAGCUCAGGGUCCAUUGCCGCAGACCUGCACUCACUUUUGGCAGACUGUUUGGGAGCAACAGUCACACACCAUCAUCAUGCUUACAACUCUGACAGAGAGGGGACGGACCAAGUGCCACCAGUACUGGCCGCAUCCACCGGAAGUGAAGGAUUACGGGCACAUGCGGGUGAAGUGCCACUCGGAGGAGUGUAACCUGGCGUAUGUGACACGGCAGUUCACUCUGACACACACGCAGCUUGGUGAGGAACGUGCAGUCACACACCUGCAGUAUGUCGCAUGGCCGGACCACGGUGUACCCGAUGACCCUUCAGACUUCCUGUUGUUCAUCAGCUCAGUCAGGGAGAGAAGGAGAGGUGAAGAGCCACUAAUGGUACACUGCAGCGCUGGGAUUGGACGGACAGGUGUUCUGAUCACCAUGGAAACGGCUCUGACUCUGUUGGAUCAGGGUCGGCCGGUGUUCCCACUGGACAUUGUCAAAACACUGAGAGAUCAGCGAGCCAUGAUGGUUCAGACCACGUGUCAGUUCCAGUUUGUGUGUGAAGCCAUUCUGCGAGUCCACAAAGAGAAACAGGAGGGAUCUACAGCGCCGUAGUCUAUAUGAGUAACAGAACCAGAGCAGACACACUUAACUGCUUCAGCCUCAUCUCAUAGAAAGUGACUUCCACAGAGGGACCAACAGUGCUAGAAGAGAUUAACCUCUGUCAUGCCUACAGGGCUGGUACACAGACUGGAUAUUGAGAGUGUAACUAGCGUCAGAGCACAGCUGUCUGUGAUCUGUGUAGGCAAACUAUAAUGUGAGCAUAUGAAUCUUACACAUAGUCUGCCUUAGUUAUUGCUGAUCGUGCAUUAAGCUUGCACGGCUGCAGGCUGCAGUCUCCGUAUAUUUAUACAAAUUUGAUGUGAGCUGCUAAUUUCUGUCCAAGUGGCCACUCAGGAAUGAUGCCUCUACUUCUUAAACUAUGUGUGCCUCAGACUGACUCCUCCCAGAUCGAACAGGGCAGCAGAGGCAGACCAGGAUCGUUAUAAUCUGUAGUUUAUCUGUGUGUCCCAAGACGAAGAGCAUGGCAGGCUUUAGAUCGAGACAGCAGAUACUGUUUGAGGUCAGUGUGGCGCAGCACUGCACACGGACCACCAGAGGAGCACCCAACCUACUUUUCAUCACUCUUAAAUUAUUAAGACACUAAAUAAACACACUGAUUUCUACUUAUGUGUCAGCUUUCUCCUUUCUUUCUUAUAUAGAAUAUGAUAUUAGAUAAUUAAAGGAGGAAAUGUGUCUUUAUAUUGGCACAU